AUGGCAGAAACUAAAAGCAAGCGUGUUACCUGUCACAAAAGAUACAAGAUUCUCAGGAAGGUUCGGGAGCAUCACCGGAAGCUUAAAAAGGAAAAGAAAAAAAAUCCAAAGCUGUUUAGAAGAAAGUAUCCUGGUGUUCCAAACUCCCUUCCCUUUAAGGAACAAAUCCUUGAUCAUAUUAAAGAAACUAAAAAGCUUGAGGCUGAACGGCGCUUGUCCCUGCUGCAGCAGGCAAUGAAGGUUAACGACGUCAAAGAAAAACCACCUAAGAAGCACGCGGCUGUCAGUUUCUCGAAGCAGUUUUCAUACGUGCUUAGUAAAUCUGACGUUGUUAUCGAAGUACUGGAUGCACGUGACCCCCUCGGAACUCGAUGUCUUAAUGCCGAGAAAGAGGUUCUGGCUUAUGGAAAAAAACUGGUUCUACUUUUGAACAAAAUUGAUCUUGUCCCCAGUGAAGUUGUGCGACGUUGGCUGGCAUAUUUCCGCAAAUGGUACACUACCAUGCCGUUCAAGGCCAACACCCAGGAAGGAUCAAAAAUACUAUCGAAUAUCAAGGGAAACAUGUCACAACAUGGUUAUGUUUCAACAAAAUGGUAUCCUGUGUCAUACACUCACUCCUCCUUUAGCGGUCUUGGUGUUGAUGGUUUGAUGGCACUAUUAGGCAAUAUAUGUCGACAUCAUGGGGGAAAACUGGUUGUUGGUCUUAUUGGAGUUCCUAAUACUGGAAAGAGCGCAGUUAUCAACACCCUUAUUCGUCGCAAAUCGGCUCCAAGCAGCUGCAUCCCGGGCUUCACAAGAGAUUGCCAGCUAUUCAAGAUUGAUAGCAAAGUCAGUCUUGUCGACUCCCCUGGCAUUAUUUUAUCUAAGUCUGAAGACCCGUGUGAACUUGCCCUUCGAAACUGUGCAAAACCGGAAAGCCUUAGCGAGCCUGAGUUGGCCGUAUCGGCAAUUCUGGCGCGAUGUCCGAAGCGUCAAAUCAUGGUGCAAUACGCCAUCGGGGAGUACUCCAGCACCACAGAUUUCCUCUGUCAAAUGGCUCAGCGAAACGGACGAUUACGAAAAGGUGGCGCCCCAGACAUCAAGGGUUCGGCUCGCAUCUUGUUGUCAGAUUGGAUGACUGGCAAGCUUGCACACUACACUCUGCCUCCGGAGAGCGACGCCCAAAUUGCGGAGCCUUCAAUGCCGCCUAUUUUCGCCGUCGAUAAAAUCGACUUCCCCCUCCAGGAAAUGGAUGAAAACGUCUUUGCAAACCUACCAAAGUCCAAAGUGGACAGCGAUUUCUGUCCAGCAGCCGUUUUCUCCCCGUCCCAACCGUUCACGGCAGCGCUGGGCGGUGGUGGCGGCGGCGGAGCUGAGUCGAUUGACGUCUCAAUGGCCGAAGACCACGAAGAGACUACCAGCGAUGUGUAUGAGUCGGCAGACGAAGCUGUUGCUGACAUGGAAGAAGCUAUGGAAGCCGACUAA